GGCAUAGUGUUUAUUAAUUUUUCUCUUUCUCUCAAUCUUCUACAGUAUUUUCUAUCGGCUGACUAUAAAAGCCUUCUUCUAUAUAAAAGUUUCUCCCACUUCCUUACAACUCCCUCCAUUAUUCUAAAUACUUUUAGCCUUCUAAAAAGAUUUUCUUCGUGGUUUAUUGUCGCUGUUGGCCUAUUUUGUGGUUCCCGUCCUAUACACAAAAACAAAUCUCUUCGACGUUUCUUGUUUGACGGUUCUUGUUUAUUCUACAACAAAGAAAGAUGUCUACUCCAGUCAAAAUUGCUUUUUGGUGUGAAUUCAAAAACAUGUUCAAAAUUCUUGGCGCAGUCGGACUUGGAGAAGAACUUUUGCUGACAAGUGAAACAUUCGCGUCGCCUGAAUUACCUGAACUUGGUUGGAAAAUCGUGUUGAAAAUUUGUAGCUCAGUUGUCUAUGUUUACCUCGAACAAAUGGGAAAACAAAACUUCAACGGUCUAGUCACCACCAAAUAUAAACUGUUCGUGGUUAAAUUUGGACACGAAAUUUUGUUAACACGAUCAACCAAACUUUUUGAGGAUCAAACCAAAUUGGGUUUCAGAGCGAUUAAUGUUCACCAAUUGAUGGAGUUUGAUGUUUUAAGGAUUCAGUGCAAACUUGAGGUGGAUCUUUACGACAGAAACAAAAACUUCAUAGCCUCUUGUAGCCAAAUGUACGAAAACCAAAAAUUCACCGAUUGCGUUAUUUUGGUUGAAGGAGUCUCUAUUAGUGCGCAUCGAUGUAUUCUAGCAAAAAGUGUUGUGCUUCAGGAGAUGUUAGAACAAAGUGCGGACUCGGAUAUGAAAAUCUCAAUUCCUAACGCAAAACCGGAACAUGUUCGAGGAUUGCUGGAAUUUCUGUACACCGGAGAGAUAAACAAAGGACUUUUGGAGAAUCACGUGGAGGAAAUCUUUGUUUUGGCGCAUAACUAUAAAGUAGAAUCUCUAAAACCUGAAUGCGAAAUGUUCAUGUCGAGCGUGAUUAAUAAUAACAAUAUUGUCAACUAUUGCCGUUUAAUCGAUUCAUUUGGCGCUCCAAUUCUUGAGAAGGCUAUCGUACGUCAUAUUCGUGGACACGAUGCAUUUCUUCAAACGGAAGGUUGGAAAUUAGCGAGGGAUGCUUACCCACAAUUGGGGUCUCGGUUUCUUGAAGCAGUUAUUCUAGAUAAAUAA